AUGGGUCCUGACAUCCUCAAAAGGUUCUACAGCUGCAACAUCGAGAGCAUAAUGGUUGCAUCACUGCCUGGGCUGGGUGUUUCAGGCUCUGCACACUCUUGGAUUGCAUCCUACCAGGUGGUGACAUGCAUCUUUGCGUGCCUGGCAGAUAUCUCAGCUUCGAUGUCAGCACACCACUUUAAGCUCAACAAGACAGAGCUGCUCUUCCUCCUGGGGAAGGCCUACCCACUACAAGACCUACCCAUCACAGUUGACAACUCCGUGGUGUCCCCCUCCCAGAGUGCAAAGAACCUUGGCGUGACCCUGGACAACACCCUGUUCUUUGCAAACAUUAGAGCAGUGACUCGCACCUCACUCCCCCUCCUCACACCCCCUCCUCACACCCCCACCACUCACAACCCCCCCUCACACCCCCUCCUCACACCCCCACCCCUCACACCCCCACCUCUCACACCCCACACCACCCCCUUACACCCCCACCCCUCACAACCCUCCUCACACCCCCACCCCUCACACCCCCACCCCUCACACCCCCUCCUCAUGCACACUGACCCUUCCUCACGCCCCACACCACCCCCUUACACCCCCACCCCUCACAACCCCCCUCACACCCCCUCCUCACACACCCACCCCUCACACCCCCUCACAACCCCCCCUCACACCGCCUCCUCACACCCCAACCCCUCACACCCCCUCCUCACACCCCCACCCCUCACAACCCCCCUCACACCCCCUCCUCCUCACCCCCUCCUCACACCCCCACCCCUCACAACCCCCCUCACACCCCCUCCUCACACACCCCCUCACACCCCCACCUCUCACAACCCUCCUCACACCCCCACCCCUCACACCCCUCCUCACGCACACUGA